AUGUCUUCUUCCUUCAAAUCUCUCGGUCUAAUUGACCCUUUGCUCGAAGCGCUCGAGCAAAUAAAGUUCACUUCGCCGACUGAGAUCCAGGUGGAAGCCCUCCCCCAUGCGCUCCAAGGCCGAGACAUAAUUGGCGUCGCUGAAACUGGGUCCGGGAAAACUGCUGCAUUUGCGCUGCCCAUACUGCAAAAACUAUGGGAAGAGCCAAAAGGGCUUUUCGCCUGUGUAAUGGCCCCAACCCGUGAACUGGCUUUCCAGAUAUCGCAACAAUUCGAAUCACUGGGCUCUGCUAUGGGUGUCCGAUGUGCGGUCAUCGUUGGUGGUGUAGAAACGAUUGCACAGUCUGUGGCCCUUGCGAAACGACCACACGUCAUCGUUGCAACCCCCGGGAGACUGUUGUGGCAUUUGGAGAACACCAAGGGGUUUAAUCUGAAGGGGAUUAAAUUUUUGGUUAUGGACGAGGCAGAUCGUCUGCUGGAUAUGGACUUCGGACCCGUCAUCGACAAAAUUCUAAAGCUCGUUCCUACAGAGCGAACAACAUAUCUAUUUUCGGCAACCAUGACUUCUAAGGUUGCAAAGCUCCAACGCGCCAGUCUGUCAAAUCCUGUCAAGGUAGAGGUGUCUUCAAAAUACCAGACUGUCUCAACACUUCUCCAAUACUACCUCUUCAUGCCCCUACAAGACAAAGACACGCAUCUGGUGUCUCUAGUCAACUCUCUCGCCCAAAAUUCCAUGAUAAUAUUCACCAGAACGGUCCACGAUGCAGGCCGAAUAUGCAUAAUGCUACGGACACUCGGGGUCUCUGCGGUUCCGCUACAUGGCCAACUCAGCCAAAGUCAGCGGCUUGGUGCAUUGGGAAAAUUCAAGAGCGGUAGCCGCAAAGUGCUUGUGGCUACCGAUGUCGCAAGCCGAGGCUUGGACAUCCCCUCUGUGGACGUUGUAAUCAACUUCGACAUUCCGACACACUCCAAGGACUACAUCCAUCGAGUCGGACGAACGGCCCGAGCUGGCCGCGCGGGCAAAGCAAUAACACUUGUGACACAGUACGACGUCGAACUCGUGCAACGGAUAGAGAAAACGACAGGCAAGCAAAUGGAGCUCUGGGCGACAGAUGCAGAAGAAAUUGCCACCCUAAAGGAGCGUGUAAACGAGGCAGCAAGACUGGCAACUGUCGAGCUGAAAGACCAGGCGGCCGCGAAAGGCGGCCGGAAACACAAACGAGAAGGUGGCGCAGAUGACCGGGAUCGAGAUGAUGACGAAGUCGAGGCUGGGAUGCCCUCGAAGCGGAAAAAAGCAAAGAGGAGGUGA